AUGAAAGUGGGGACCAUGUCAGAGGGGGACCGGCCCAGAAGUGGCCUGAGCCAAGCCAGCAGCACAGCUACCAUCACUUCUGUCUCCAUGGGAACGAAGCCCCAUGCAACCCGGCCUGUCCGGAAGGUACAUUCUUUUGGAAAGAGGGCAAAUUCCAUCAAGAGAGAUCCUAAUCAGCCUGUCAUCAUGCGGGGAUGGCUUUAUAAAAAGGACAGUUCUGGACUUAAACUGUGGAAACGGCGUUGGUUUGUCCUUUCAAAUUACUGUCUCUUCUAUUAUCGAGACAGCCGAGAAGAGAUGGUCUUGGGCAGCAUCCCUCUCCCUAGUUAUGAGAUUCGGACAGCGUUCUCCAAAGAAAAGAAGAACCGGCGCUUCGUGUUCAAGGCAGAACAUCCUGGCAUGAGAACAUAUUAUUUCAGCGCUGAGACUCAGUUGGACAUGAAUAGCUGGAUCCGGGCCAUGAACCAAUCAGCUGUUGCUGAGUGUGACUAUGGAAACUACAAUCGGGGUCUCCACGACCAGUCUGGGUCUGCCCACGCCAGCUUUGAGGAAUGCACGCUGACGAAGGACGGCUUUGCCAAAAGUGCCGAAUCCCUAGAAAUUGCCCAUAUUUCGGAGACGCAGGAAGCUGAGGCCUUGUCGUCUGAGGCGGGUCAGGAAGAAUCUCCGUGCCCCAGGAGGGCGUCUUUGUCUUCCUCGUUCAAUGGGGGGUACCCCCAAGAAAUAAGAGAGCAACCAGAUUUAAGCUCCCUCUCUUCCCAGACGGACGGAUGCGCCUCGCCUCUCAUCCACACAAAGCUAUCCCCGCGGCCACGGUCCCCGCUGCCUCGCCGCUCUGGCAGCCCCUCACCCACCUCUUCCUUUCGGACCCUUCAGCCUUCCCCUCUGCUUUCCAUUCGCUCCUCGCGCUCCUACUCCCUCCCCUUGACCCCGGCCGAAUCUCCCCGGAUACCAGACGCUCAUUCUUCGCCCCCCAGGGCCCGCCGGAAGCCCCCACGAACCGCUGCCGCGCAGGCGGCGUCGUGCGAAGACCUCUCUGCUCACAGGACUCUCGUACGGCCCAACACACCCAUGGGGAGGGUUGAUAUCGCCCCCAGCGAGGGCCUUCCCCACAACCCUUAUGCCGUUACGUCGCCUGGCACCAGGGGGCACCCCCUCACACCUGCCGACCGGUACGAUGUCUUCCCUUCCAUUGAAGAUCCGUAUUGCCGGCGCUACACUCGAAGCCCUCAUCCCAGCAGAACCCGGCCUGUGGGUGAGGAAAGCCUAACGCCCUCCCUGGGGAGACCGCCACAGACCAGAUUUGCAGACCGCGGUUACAUCUCACCAUCCACCGGACCAUCUCGUACUUUGGUCAUGUCUCGGAUUCAUGGCCGAUUGAUCACCCCCCACUCUGCUUCAUCCAGUUACCUCCACCUGCCGCCCUUGCCUCCCACGCCCAACCGGCCCAACACUGGGAAAAGGACCACGUGCCGAAAUCUGGCGAGGAGUAUCCAUGGUGCUGGAGGGCAGCGAUUUGAAAGCGACACUGAUGCUCUCUUGACAAAACUGUGUGGCCAAGAUAAAGUGCUCCGUGGCCUGGAAGAGGAGAUAAACCAGUUCCGGACUGAAAAGGAACGGCUUGAAAAGGCCCUGGAGGUGACACGUCUGCAGCUUGAGGAGUUUAAAGGCCAGGACGCGACGGUGGAGAAAAUCUGUUGCCAGCGGCGGCAGCUGCAGGAUGAGUUGGUGCAAAUCCGAGCACGCCUGUGCGAUCUGGCGCUGGACAGUGACCGAGCUUGGGAAGAUUAUUCAGGCUUGGAAAGCGAGGUGCAGUUGCUGAAGGGAUCCUUGGAGCACAUCCGGAAUGUGGGUCACCCCCAGGACCAAGCAUCUGCUCAGCAAGAUUUGUGGAGGAUACAUGACAUCCUGGCCGGUCUGAGAGCCAGCCCAGCAAACUGCAUCACCACGGAAAGCAGAAGAGCAGGGGUGUCUCCAGUCUCAACUCCGACUCUGGAUCCUCAUCUGGGAAUGAACCAUAGCCCCAUGCUGCCCUGCCCUGGAGAAGAGAAGGAACCUGAAACUGCUCCUCCUCCAGGACCUUCCCUUUUCUACCACGAAGCCACGUCUAGCCACGUGGCCAUCAUUCAGGAGUCUGGCAGGACGGGGGGCCAAUUGGAAAUCAGGCAGCAGGACAAUCUCAGUGUGGGAGAACAACCUAAUCCAUCUUCUUCCAGCAGAGGGCAGCUGGGGGUAUCAUGGCAUUCUGAUGGGAUCCGGCGGUCUCCGGACGAUUCCCCCGGUGAGCCCCUGAAAACUGAGAAAAGGAGUCCUGUGCGGGAAGUGGAUGCUCCUAGUUCAGACCGUGGAAGCCGCAGCAACAUAUUCCGCGAAGAUAGCGGCCGCAGCAGAGCCAAGGUGGUCUCCCCCGAUACAACUGCCCCUCGUCGUCCCCGCAUGAGCGCCCAGGAACAGCUCGACAGGAUGCAACGGAACCAAGAAGCUCAAAGAAAAUCAGAAGCUGCCCAGAGCAACCCUUUGGGUCACUGGCAAGACUCUCUCAAGCGUGGGUCUAGCCGGCCCCUCCCUAAUACCCCCCCUGAGUCAUCACCCAAAGAGGGCGUUCAGACUGGGGGUACCAAGCCUCGAUACCCCCCAACCCCUGAGUGGGAGCGACAGAGAGUAAUCCAGCUUUCCUAUGCAUUGGCAGCAGAGGCUUCGCAGCGAGGGAAACACCUCACAGGAAGGACCAGUUCUCGCUCCUCCUUAGACAGUAUCCCCGGGUUGCGUGAUAGCCUGGACCAUCACCACCUCCCCAGUGACAGUAACUCUGAUGAACUCGAACUCAACAGUGCAGCAUCCAAGUACAACCCAACAACCCCUCAAAACCUAAGCUGUGGUGGUGACUCCAGAGCAACAAAUUACACACUGCCUUCAUCCCAGACAUCCAAUCACGUGUCAUGUGCCUCAGAAGCUUCCCAUUGGUCGUUACCUCCUCAAGAGGAGGCCAGUCAGGUGUCAUCCCGCCCCAAGGUUCCAAAGGCUACGUCGCACCAUCUAGAAUCGACCAACGAGCUGACUCUAAAGAGUCCACCUUGGGUGGCGCCACUGCCUCCAUCAGCCAAUCAGAACUUCUCUGUCUCCAGAACAGCCAAUUGGGACCCACCUCCGUUUUGGGACUGUGAGGUGUGGGCAUCUGAGCAGAGCCUUGUGGGUAAUCAGAGCCCAAGCAAUGGCCGGUGCCUUGGGUGGAGCGGUGAGAAUAAGCCCCGUCAGGUGGUGGCAUAUCUUCACGAGACUGCACACCCUAUCAAGGUCACGCUGGUGAAAUCCAGUUUCUAG